GGCCCACAGAUCACUCAGUCGACGCCUAAAAUUCAAAGUGUGAAUUUACAAUAACGGGAAUAUUUGAAAUUGUCUCUAUUGUGUUUGUGUUUAUAAUUUCGUUGAGCCGAUGACUGAUACCAUGUCGACACAGGAACUCAGCCCUAUUUCUGAAUGUGGGGACACAUCAAUGGAGCUAGUCCACGUGAAUCACUGCAAUCUCCCUGCGAAAAUCCCAAAAGUGAGUGUUCUCCCCGAGGGCACCUCCUACGCAUUUCCCACUACCCUCCUAACAGACCUGAUUGUCGCCGUGAUGAAUAGCUCCGACGAGACCGAGCAAUUUUACGCAGCCCAGGCGUGUAGACAGCUCCUGGACUGCUACGCAGAGGAUCCACCCAUAGACAUGCUGAUCUCCAAAGGCAUCGUCUCCCGUUGCAUCGACUUUUUGUCUACCCAUCACAACCCAGCCCUUCAGUUCGAGUGCCUCUGGACAUUGACCAAUAUCACCGCAGGUACAUCCGAACAGACGAUGUACGUCGUCAACCACAAUACCAUCCCCAAUCUGGUGGAACUCUUGAGGUCUCCAGUCCCCGAGUUAGCUGAACAGGCAGCCUGGACCCUGGGUAACAUCGCCGGAGACAGUCCUGAGGCUCGUGACAGAGUCCUGAACUUCAACUGCAUGCCUCUCUUGCUGAGGCUGAUCAAACCAGAGACAUCAGUAGCAUUCACCAGAAACAUCAUCAGAACAAUUACCAAUUUGUGCAGACACGACAUCUCUCCACCUCCCUUCUCAGUUGUAAGGAUGGCUAUGCCAGUUCUCACCAACCUUCUCCAGAGAGAGGACCCUGACAUCACUGCUGACGCAACCAUGGCUCUGUCCUACAUCAAUGAGGGCUUCGAGAGUUGGAUGGAGGGUGUCCAGAAUACCCUGGAGGAAUUUCAACUCUUCUUUUCAAUCAUCUUUUACGCCGCCAUUUUCUAUGUCUGGGUUCUCUCGUGCUUCGAGAAAGUCACUCCGACAGAAGUUAGAGCAAAUUAUUCGACUCCUGCAGCCGCCUUUCCAGGACUAGAUGUCUUACAGGGAAUUAGGGGUCAUGACGCAAAAUUUUAAUGAGAUUUUUAGAGGUUAUGAAUGAAGGAUUUUCAUUUACUCUCAAUAGGUAGUUUGAUUCAGAAUGUCAUCGAGAGGGGUUGAAAAGAAUUUUUAUGGAAAUAAUUUAAAGAUGUCAACGUGCUGUUGAAUUAAUUUUUUUACUAGACAAAUUCAUGUUUUAAUUCAAGAUUUGUUGUAAAAUAUAUUUCUCUUUUGUGAGUGAAUUUAUCAUAUUUAUGGGGGGCUGAGAACUACAUUUCAUUAGCUGUAAAUGAAUUUUAAUUAGAUGAGGAAUAUCAUCGAAAGCAUUGAGCAGAGGAUUGUCAUGUAAAUGAUUGCAAGUUAAUGACGAAAUAAUAAAUCCUUUGGAAACCAAAUUUUUAUUCUUAACGUAAAUUUAAUUGAUAGUAUUUGUACUUGUUUAUGAAAUUCUUUUCAAUGAAUAAAUAAAUUCCCAUUGAAUAAA